AUGGCGCGCACGCCGGUGAACGUCAUCACCGGCGCGCUCGGCGCGGGGAAGACGACGCACGUUCUGCGCGCGCUGGCGAGCGCGAAGCCGGCGAACGAGACGUGGGCGGUGGUGGUGAACGAUUUCGGUGCGCUGGGCAUCGACGGGGCGCUGCUCGAUGACGCGGUGGGAACGCGCGAGCGCGACGCGGACGCGAGUGGGAGGACGAUCGUUCGAGAGGUGUCGGGAGGGUGCGCGUGCUGCGCGACGGCGGCGCCGUUCGUGGUGGCGGUGACGCAGGUGCUGCGGCGGUAUCGACCGGCGCGCGUGCUCGUGGAGCCGAGCGGGAUGGGCGACGCGGGACGCGUGAUCGACGCGCUGCGAUCGGAACACCUGGAAGCGAGCGUGGACGUGCGAGCGACGAUUUGUGUGGUCGAUGUGCGGGUUUUCGGGGAAGACGAAGGGAAAGCGGCGGUGUUGCGGUCGGAAUUGUUCAAGGCGCAGACGGAGUGCGCAGACGCGAUGUGCGGGUCGUUCGCGGACGCCGCGAGCGAGGCAGAGGUGGAGGCGUUCUUGGCGUUCGGGCGUGGGUUUUGGCCGAAGAAGAGUGCUGUGUUUUUGGCGCGUGAUCGCGCGAAUGGGAUGGAUUUGGCGCUUCUCGAUGGUCGAUGCGGGUGGGAGCCGAGCGAGCUCCCGACCGAGGCGACGACGACGACGACGACGACGACGAGCUCGAGACCGUUCACUUUGGAGCCGCGCCUCACCGCCAACGCGCCGCCUUGGAUGGUGAAGCAGGAAAGUGAUCGAUACGCCUCGUGUGGAUACGCGUUUCACGUCGACGACGUCUUCGUGCGACCGAAGUUGAAGGCGUUUUUUGAAGAGUUUGUGUUGCGACGCGUCGACGUCGCGCGAUUCAAGGGUGUCCUGCGUCUCGGUGCGGAUUGGGUACGCCCAGACAUCGUGGAGAGCAUCCACAGAAGCGAAGGCACGAAGGUGCGAACGCGAACGAUCACGUUCGCAUCCGUCGCUUACCGUCGUGACAGUAGGUUCGAGCUUAUUCGCGAGCGCGGCGUCGACGCAGACGCAGACGCCGAGGAGGCAGCAUUUUGGGACGACAUCCGCGAUCGAUUGGUCGAGUGCAGGAAGAUUCCUCGUUGA